CCGGAAGUACUUUGUGUGCACACCGCUUCCUCUUCCAUUAGCAAAACAACUCCGCAUGUAGCUAACUAGUUAAAGUUUACAACAAACAGAAACUAUUCAGUUAUAUCACUUCUCUCAGAGAAGUUCUCCGACAAACCGAAUCAACGUUGGAAAUAACUCGUCCAGUCAGAUAUUUAGUCUUAUGUUUUUUUUUAAACUAAACGCGGAUGAGAAGAAAUAACGAGGGCUAACGUUAGCUGAACAUGCUAACUAGUUAACGUUACCGUUAGCUACUGUUAGCUGUGAUGGCAGCACCAACUCCACCGAUUUCUGCUACUGUGUUCAGUCAAAAGCAAAGGAGGGCUGCGCUGAGGAAAGAGAGAAGAAAACGGAAACGCCAAGCUCUCGCCCAAGCCAGAGAAUGUGGGUUAAAAAUUGGAGCAAGCUUUACACCUGAAGAAGAAGAAGAAGUAAAUGAUGAAGAUGAUAAGGAUUAUGAUGUUGCGGAGCAGGAAAGACUGCGGCUACAUGAAGAGUGGUUGGAAAGAGAGAGGCUUGCCCAGGAGGAGUUCAGGCUGAGGGCUGAGAGGGAGGAGUCUGCAAGGAAAAGAAAAGAGGAGGAGGAGCGGAUGAUAAAAGAGGAAUGGGAGGCCCAGCAGAAGAAAGAACAAGACGAAAAAGAGCAGAAGCAGCAGGACAAGCGAGACAGAGAGGAGGCUGUUCAGAAAAUGUUGGAUGAAGCUGAAAAUCAGCUAGAAAAUGGAGAACCGUGGAUGAAUCCCGAGGCUCCUGUGUCAAAGAACUCUGAUAACUUUGGAACAGAGCGCGACGUAGCCAACUGUCCGUUCUUCCUGAAGACUGGGGCAUGUCGAUUUGGAGACCGAUGUUCUCGGAAGCAUGUUUAUCCCACAGCCAGCCCGACUCUGAUGAUUCGCGGUAUGUUUACAACGUUUGGCAUGGAGCAGUCCCGCAGAGAUGACUACGACAUUGAUUCUUGUUUGGAACACAGCGAGGAGGAGCUACAGGAGUCUUUUCUCGAGUUCUAUCAUGACGUCCUGCCGGAGUUAAAGAGUGUCGGCAAGGUGGUGCAAUUCAAAGUCAGCUGCAAUUAUGAACCACACCUGAGAGGAAAUGUUUACAUUCAGUUUGACACAGAGGAGCAGUGUAAAGAGGCCAUCAUCAAGUUCAAUGGGAGGUGGUACGCAGGCCGGCAGCUUCAUUGUGAGAUGUGUCCAGUUACACGGUGGAAGAAUGCUAUAUGCGGAUUGUUUGACAGACAGAAGUGCCCCAAAGGGAAGCACUGUAAUUUCCUGCAUGUAUUUCGAAACCCUGGCAAUGAAUUCUGGGAGGCUGACAGAGACCUGCACAUGUCACCAGACCGCAGCGUCAGGGGGAGUCGCAGAGACGGGUGGCAUUCAGAGCGAUAUGGAGACAGAUCGUGGAGGCAACGUCAGUGCAGCAGAAGCCCGCCGAGAUCUGAAAGAUCCCACAGCAGACGAGAGGGCGACAGGAGAAGGAGCAGAGAGCGGAGCAGGGAGAGGAGGGCCUCACAACAGCACAGAGAGGACACACGGUCAUCCAGACACAGUGACAGGAGGAAAGAUUGGUAUCAGAGCAGAAGUAGAGACAGGUCGAGGAGUAGAAGUAGAGAUAGAGAGCAAGACAGGCCAAGAAACAGGAGUAGAGAUAAAGACAGGGAGCACAAGUAUAAGAAUAGAAGUGAAGAGAGAGACAGUAGAGACAAAGAUACAGACACUCACGGAAGAGCAAGAGAGAGGUCAAGAAGUACAAGCCGAGAAAGAAACAAACAAAGUAGAGAAAGUAGCCCCAAGAAACCAGAUACAAAUGAGAAACCCACUAAUGAGGAUACCAACACACGCCGCCGCCACAAACAGUCCAAAAAGAGCAAGAAGAAGAGCAAGAAGAAGCAUAAGAAGAAAAGCCAUUUGCCAGAAGUGACGACCUCAUCUGGAGAGUCAGAAAAGGAGAAAGAGUCAGAGGAAGAGACGAUGGAGAAUCUCACUGUAACAAGUCCCAUUCAGGAGAUAAAGGAAAUAGAGCUAAUUCAGAUAAACAAUAUGGAUGAGAGUCCAUGUGUUGACAGUGAAACGUUAAGUCCUGAGGUAAAAAUUGAGCAAUCUAACACAGAAAUGCAAUGAAAUGAAGCUGCUGGAAUAGAUGACUACAUUUCGAGUUAGCACUCCCGUCACCAAUAUGUACAUAUGUGAAUAUUUUGCUUUUGGAAAACGGUCAAUGUUGCUUUAAUUAUUGAACACUCGAUCACCGGCACUGCAGCACAGGUUAUUGUUGCUGAGUAAAAACAAUAUUAAAACAAGAGAUCAACAAAUUGUUUUUUUUUUUAUACAUUUAUUGUUCACUUUCAAAUAUAAGAAAAAAUGUUGGCAAAUGUGUUGGCAGUAUUUAAUACAAAAGUGAGUUAAGAUGAACUUGUUGAAUAAUUACUUAUGAAUGUUCAACAAAAACCCACUGGUUUUAAGAAUGCAGCUAAAAAGGUUUGACUGGCGUACAGUUUGGAUUAGCAUCUAUUCAUUACUCGCUGGCUUGUUUUCCUGCAUCUUACUGACAAGUGAACAAGCUGACAGUGAUGAAUGUUAAUGAUGUACCCUGAUAUGUGCAGUUCAUCUUACGUUCCGACUCCAUAAAGAAAUUCAGGAUAGACCUGUCCCUAAACAGAUUGGAAUAAUUACAUAAUACUGGUAUAUUGUGGCCAAAUAACCCCCCACAUACAUUUUCUAUCAAACAUCCAGCAGUUCUAAAUCCCUUUUCUGCCAUGUUAGCUUUCCAUAGACACCAUUGAGAAGGUAAAACACAGUUCUUUGGUCAUAUGUUAGUCUUUAAGCCAAAGUAUAAUACAUAAAAUAGUUUAUUUGGGUCACUAUUCUUUCCUGACCUAAGACUAAGGGAGAGACUGACCUUAGAUUUAUCUCCAGAGGCCAUUAUGAAAUUGAAUGUUAAACACGUGUUUUUAUCAGGACAAUAAAUCCAUUGUCAGAAAAAGACAAGAUGACAAUUUUAACAAACAAACACUAAUUACACACAGCAACUGCUCAUGUUUAACUAAGGUAAUCAGUUAAGCAUUGAAAAGGAAAAAUGAAAUUGUUGAUUCGUGGAGGGGAAUCACCAAACACAAACUUGUACAAACCUUAACAUACACUGAUAUUUAUAAUGGGUAAUUGUUUAAUUUCACUUAAUCGGUGGAUUGAACUUACCCGUGUGACUAUAACAGUGUCAGUGAUUCCCACAACAGCACUAGCCCCGUUGGUGCCUAUCAUGUAUUACCAUUACAUUUGAGUUGCAGAGCUGAGCUUCAGAUUCUUUCAAAAAAUAAAUGCCCAGUGAUCUUUUCUUAGGUCAUUGGUCAACAGGUCACUUAGCAACAGUUACUGCUGUUCUGAAGAUAUUUCUACGGUCCUCAAAGACUAACCUCUAAACCUUUAACCA